AUGGCCGAAAAUCCUCUGAAAAAAAAAAUACAUUUUUAUCUACAACGUUCACGUAAUCAAUCAUUAAAUAUAUUAUAAUGUUAAAUUUUUAACUAAAAUUAAUGUUUGUUUUGACAAAUUUGUUCAGUAAAAUAUAAACCAAGGUAGAUAAACUUAUGAAUGGUUUAAUUAAAUUACAAAUAGAUUGCAGUUGCAGUAUGACUAUACAAUAAAAUAUAAAAAUAAAUACAAUUUUUUAAUUAAGUAUUUUUAUCUUAUCAUUGAUCAAUAUUCAAUUGACAAUUAUUUUCAAUACACUUUAACUAUUAUUUUUUAAAAUUGAAGACUUGGUAUUAUCGCAUUAUGAUUACCUAUACAUUAAAUUAAACGUAUCUAUAGGCUUUCGAUACUAAUAUGGUAAUACACUGGCCAGGGAAGGCUAAGUCCUCUCAACCCCCCCCCCCACCCAAAUUGCGCCUAUGAAUUUCUAUUUAAUCUAAUUCUAUAUCUAUAUAAUAUUUGGUGGUAUAGGUACUCGUAAAUAUCCAGUCUUAUUGACUAUUGAUACUUCAUUUGUAAAUACCACCUAACAAUUUAUUAUUGGAAAUUAAAUUUUGUUAAUAUAAACAUCAGUUAGGUUCACUGUCACAUUCACGACAAUCGUUUAAACGUACUAAUACAUAUUUUGUUACGAUAUAUUAAUGGAAAAUCAAAUAUUUCGUGAACAAAUUAUACAAUAUUAUAUUUUAUUAAUGGAUACAAAUUCGCUUUAUAAAAAUGUUUAAAUAGUAAUUUUCAGAGGUGGUUGUAUUCAAACGUUUGUGUACAUGUUAUUUUUAAUUGAACGAACUUGAUUAAAUAAUUUAAGGAGGAAAUGUAUGUAUGUAUACAUCAGUAUACUAACGGGGACGUGACUCGGACCUGUCGUGAGAAAACCAUGGACGCAACUCGGACAAAUUAUAAGUUUUGGACGCAAUUCGAAUGCACCCAUUCUGUUUUUGCUGUUGCAUAUUAGAAUAAAUCAAUGUACAAUUCGCAUUUAAAAUCUUGUACUAAUGUACUUAUAUAAAAAUAAUAUUAUAUUGUAUUGGCAAUAAUUUCGAUAAUAAUAUUGUUAUUCAUUUUAACUGUGUGCAAUUUUUUGAUAAAUUUAAAUAUUACGAAGUUAAUAAAACGAUUUAAUAAUAAUUUUGUUUGUAUUUGUAAAUUUAACUGUAUUUUGUUUUAUUACUACAAUCUAUAUAUCAUAAUUAAUCUAUUCUGUGAUAAUAUUAUGAUGAUACAAGUAUAGCUGAAUGUUCUCAUAUCUACAGGCUGCAGCCCUUAUGCAGAUCUAUAAUAUAGUUUAUCCUAUACGUAGGUAUAUUAUGGAUAUACAUUAUAAAGUCAGAGUGUAACACUUUAACGUUAAUACCAUUUGCAGGAGUUAAUUUAGUUUUUUUUUUUUUUUGGGGGGGGGGUAUUUUCUCCAAGGUAAAUUUCCCAAUUUAACAUAUUAAAAACAAGAAUAAGAAAUUUACUACACAAUUUUAAUUUUUGUUUUAAUCUUAAUUGUUUUCACACAAUUAAUAAUGAUAUAGAAUACGCAAUAAAUAUAACAUUAAUGAUAAUGUAACAAAUUAUAUCAAAUUUAAAUUUCUUUCUUUGCCAUUGAUGGCAAAUUUGUCUAAUAACAUUUCGUCGUGUAUAUUAAUGUCUCGCUGAAUUGCUAAAAGUGCAAGUCCCACUAGCCUAGAUUCUGAGAUCGUAAUUUUUAGAUACGUUUUGAGUCUUCUCAACGUCGAAAAGUUGCGAUGGAUACUGUUAUUAUAGCUAAUAUUUUUAGUAACUCAUACAACUUUGGAUCCAUUAAAUUAUCACAGACACUUAAAGCCUCUAUAGCAGUUGCAGACCUUAAGUUUACUUCAAUAUUUUUCCAUUUAUUUAUCUUUCCAAAGCUUUUAUAAUAUUAUUUAGCCCAGGUAGUUAGCCUACGUACGAUUUAUCGGACAGCAAAUUGUACCUAAUAAUAAACUAUAAAAGCGAUAAAAACUAUACGACGAAAACCGACCAUCGUGUUAUCACGAUUUUUCGGAGAUAAUAAAGUAAAUUAAGUAAUACCUACGAAAUUACUAAAUUACUAAAUAUUAUUAUUUAGAAAAACAAAAAUUCAAUAAAUUCUAUUUUGGUUAUUUAUGAGUAACCGAACCAGAGUUCCAAAACAACAUUGUGGUACUCAUAAGGAAUGGUGCUGAAAGUUAGCCAUUUAUUCAUAAUAAUGGUAAAUUAAAUUAUAUUUAACGAUAAUAUUGUUGAAAGGUCGUUCGGUAGAUUCGGUGUCUUCAAACCUACAGCUUGAUUUGUGGAUGUAUGUUGAAGAUGGAGGUACCUCACAUCAUCCUCCACUGGUGUGUGUUAAACGGCUGCUUCUGACAAAUAAUUGGUAGUGUAUACGGAAUUUGGUGGAGUUUAAUUAAAAGUUUAAUAAUUUAGAAUGUUAUCGGAUAGUUUCUGAAUCUAAGAGAAGUGAAGUGUAUUGGUUAUGUUCCGGAAAUGUUCAAAAGGAGAAUUUGAAAAUCACCGAAAUCACGGGAUACAGGUAUUCGUUUUUAUUCGGUUCGAUUUUGAUUUUAUACCGUUAUUAAUCGGUAUUCAAAUAUUUAAUACUAGUUUACAGCUCUGAAUUAAAACAGCUUCAAAAUAUAUAAUUGAAUAUUAUAAAAAUUGCGUCAUAUAAUACACAUUAUACAGAUUUGUGGUUUUCAUUGUAUAUUUAUUACAGAGAUAUAUACCUAGGUACCUAUAUAAUCAGCUGAUAUCUGCAAAAAACACAUAAUUGAAUCAAAGUAGGGGGAAACGACCGGAAACAAAAUGAAAUAAAAUAAAAAAUAUCCGUUCGUAUUAUAUCGAUUAUAAUUAUUAUACAAUAAUUAUAUAAAUUGGAACAGGAUACAAAAAUCAAUUAUUACACACCGAUAGGUAGGUAGUCGCGCAACCAGAACAUUUCCAUUCAACUUUUUAGUUGCUAUCAUUCUUCAUCCUCAUUGAUACUCACGUAAUAUUAUGCACUACUCAGUAGUUGUACAUUGUUAAAAGUUUUAAACUAGUGAUUACGUAAUAAGUACCUAUACAUCUAAACCGUCAAUACGAUGAAGAUUCAACUGUAUGUUAUUGUUAGGAUACUAGAGAUUUGUAUAGUGUUCGGUAGUCAAGGAGUGAAAAAUAAAAACGGUUUUUUCCCCAACUUACCCGCAGUAAUAAUAUUAAUAUUUUAAUUUGUAUGCUAUAUAUAUGAUUAUAUAAUAAUACAUUUAUUAUACUAAUACAGCUGAUAUUGUAGAUGUUCAAUAAGCAUAAUAGUAUAUUCUUAUGUUCUUAUUGCAGGGACCGUAUAUUCCAAAACUCGAAGCGAUCCGUCCGAUCCAGAACACAGCGAACCAUUCGGUUGCGUUAAAUAUUUAUUUGAGUAGAAAAUCGCUUAAUAUCACUUACAUAAUGGGUAACAUAACCCUAAAAACACAAUUUGACGAUACGUUUUGGGUAAGUUGAAUUUUAUUAGAUUCUGAGCGAAGUGUAAUACUUGUAAGCUAUAUUUACUAUGAUGUGUACAUUCCCUCCUCAAGCUCCAAUAUAUAUAUAUAUAUUAUAUCAAAUUUUGCAAAAGUGUCUGAAAAAACAAUUAAAAAUAAACUAGUUGAAUUUUUAGAAAAAAAUAAUCUAUUAUUUGAAAACCAAUUUGGUUUUAGACCGGGAAAAGGAACGGAUCAAGCAAUAUAACAAAAACAUCAAAUAUUAUUUACAAUGCAUUAGAGAAAGAAAAAAAAACGUGAAUCGAUUUACCUUAACUUGGCUAGAGCUUUUGACACGAUCAACCACGAAAUACUGUUGAAUAAAAUAAAAACAUCGGGAUAACUGGAUCCGCAUUACAAUUAUUCACAUCUUACCUUAGUAAUAGAAAACAAUUAGUUAAAAUUAACAAAACAUAUAAUGAUGAAAUAAAGAUUAAAUGGGGAGGGGAUCAAGAAAACGCGAUUUCAACUAUACUAUUCAAUAUACAGUUAAACGACAUUAAAAACUUAACUUUAAAAAGUACUUUAGUUUGUCAUGCUGAUGACACAGUUUUGAUUUACUCAGAAAAUACGUGGAUUCAUACGAAGAGGUGUUUAAAACUAUAACGGAAGAUCUAAAAAUUAUAGAACACUGGCUUUUUAUAAAUAACCUAUUUUUAAAUUACGAUAUAACUGUUAUUUUAUUACGUUCGUGGAAAAUAAAUACAUUACCAAACAUAAAAGACUUUAUACAACACAAUAAAACAUAUAACACUUAUGAUAUAAAUUGCCAAUGCAAGAAAAUAAACAUUAUGAAUAAUACUAAAUAUUUGGGUGUAGAAAUAUGCUCAAACAUAAAAUGAAAUAAACAAAUCAACUCAUUAACAAAAAAACCUAGAAAAAUGAUUUACAUAAUGGAAGAAUUUCAAGAUAUCUUAAAUAAGAAAGAUUUAAGGCCAAUUUACUUGGCACUGAUAGAACCAGUUAUUUUUUAUGACAUAAUAGGCUGGGGAGGAUCUUAUUAUAACACUUUCUCUCGAUUGCAAACUAGUCAAAAUACUCUAAUUAGGAUCGCCUUAAAAAAAAGAUAAAAAAUACCAUACGAAACAACUAUAUGAAGAUUUUAAUGUACUAAAUAUCAAAAACUUAUAUUCGAAAUCAGCAGUUUUCUUUUUUGAAAAAAAAUUACUAUCUCAUCCACUCUAUGCCAUGGUAUAGGUACAAGGUUCGCUAAAAAUAACUUUACAAUACACUGGCCUCUUAAAACAGGCACACGGAAACAAUAUGAAUUUGUCGGUGCAAAAAUUCGAAACUUAAUACCAAAACACCUACACACAUUACCACUGCUAGAUUUAAAAUAGACAUUACGAAAUUACUUCUUAAUAAAUUUAACACUGAUUUAUUAUUACAAAACUACCUAUACUGUUGUGUCGUGAUCAUUUUUUGUACAAAUAUUUUUUUUUUUUACUAACGAUUUAUAUUCUAACUUUUCCGUUUUUCAAGUUUGAACAUAAUGAUUUUUACGUUUAAUUUAAUUUAUUCACUAGAUACAUAAUUUUGUUUAUAUUAUAUAAUUAAUAAUUCUCAAAGCAUUAUACAUAUAUUGCCAUUUUUAUAAUCAAACACAUGUUAAUAUAAUAAAACCAGGGCCUUCACAUGAAAAUACACAGUGAGGUACAGUAUUCUUUUUUUGAUAAAUAAACGAAUACUAAUAAUAAUAAUAAUAAUAAUUUUGUUAAACAAUCAUUGUUGUCAUGGAAACGCACAUUUUUUAAUAAUUUUACCAUAGUAUGACAUAAAACCAUAUAUUAUAUUAUUGACAAAGCAACAUUAUCAACUGAACUCGACUCAGAAUCGUUAUUUCGUUAGAAAUGAUUUAUUUUUACGUAGCCUACCUUCCCAACUACCCACCUACAAUAGCGGCUGCACCCACGCGUGAGUCAGUAUGUCCGUCCUUUUUUUUAUAUAUUUUUUUUUAAGAUUCGUAGACCCGAAAAAUAAUAUAACUGUGUGUGUUUUCUUUCUCAUAUUAUAUCAAACAAUAGGCCUAUAAAAUACCCAUUAAAAAAUAAUCAAAUUUUCGAGAUCUUGUUAUUAAUUGAUCUAGUUACAAAAAACAUAACUUUAUAAUAACUAUAAUAUUAUAACAUUAUAAUAUCGCCUCCAGUUCUUAGUUCCAGUUUGGUUUUUCACGAACAACUGUAUAUAAUAUUAUACAGACGCCUAAUGUUAAUAAUAAUAUUUUAUUAAUAAUUAUGUCUUAGGUGGAUUAUAAUAUGGCGUCCAGAAGUUCAAUGGGUGGAUGGAAAGACAACGCGUAUUUCUUGAAAUGUUUCAAUGCUUGUAGUACGGCUAGGUCGUUAAUGGGGAAUAUGUGGAAUUCAUUAACGAAAGCGUUUAACGCGACAAAUAAAUGUCCUGUUCCAGCGGUAAUACAUCACUAAACCUUAUUAACAAAUUUUGAGCGUUUGCCUAUGCACGGAGACUAUUUUCAUUACUCGACAAUUGUGUAGUUUUAUAGUAUAUAUGAUUAUUUCGUUUCAAGCGUAGCAUUUGCCGGUUAAAAAUAGAGACAAAUGAUUUGUAUGCGAGAGAAACGAAGUUGGUUCGAAUUAGUUGAAGUUGAUCGGUCUGUUUACAAUAAGUAAUCAGUGCUUGAACUUAGAAAAUAAAAGAAGGGGUAUUGUGAGGUUUAAAAAAAAGUAGUUUCCUUUGUAAUGUUUAAAUUCGACCUAAUCAAAACCAUUAAGAAAAAUUAGAAGUGAUACGUUUAAAUAUUUUUAAAAAAUAAGCGAUACUCCGUUCUCUCGAGACACCUCCCAAUUCAAGCACUGUAAAUAAUUGAGUUCGUGCAAGUGGCCCGUUUAGCAGUUCUAAAACAAUGUGCGGAAAAGUAAAGGCGGAAAUUUUGUUUUGACGGUGACAGACAGUAGCGUAGGUAUGAAAAUUCAGCCUAAAUGAGUAAAAUUUCUGGGACAACUUUUUUCUUAGAUUAAAAUAUAAAAAGAUAAAAACAGGAGUAUAUAAGAAUAUAGUUUUACAGCACAGUGUGCCUAUUUUAUUAAACUUUUAUUUUUUCUUUUGUAUCAAAUAAAUAAAAUAUGCAUCUAUAAUAACAGUCAAAGUUUUACUUUACGGGCUUUUAAAUUCGGUAUUAUUGAUUUUCAUUAUUUAUAAAUUAUGUACAGUGAAACCUGUCUGAUAGAAAAAAUGUCAGUUAUAGACAGGAACUGGAACCAAAACCAAAAGAACCGGUUCUGAAACUCAAAAACCCCUUAAAAUAUUGGGAACCGGAACUGAAUUUAAAAAUUUUCAAAUAACCAGAACCGAAACCCAUAUUUUUAAAUUUAAAAAACGGGUUUUACAAUAGAAAAAUUAUUUUGUUUUUUCCUCCAUAGCUUAAUUUACUGCUCAAUUUACUCAGCUAUAAUACUACUUAUAAAUUUAUACCAUAGAUUAAAAUACGAUUGCUUUGAUAAACUAUUUGUGAAAUCAUGAUGAGUAAUUUUAUGACUUAUGAACUCAAUUAAAAUUAAAAUAAUCUGUAGGUACUAAUAAGUUACAACAGUAUAUUAUUGUUUUUCAAGCGGUUUUCACAACAUCUGAGAAAAAUCGGGAAAACUGUGAAAAAACGGAAAAUGUACGAAAUGUAGGUAUUAGUAAAAAAAUAUUAUGACCUUUUUUUUUUCUGUGUACAACUUUUCUAUCAGAAAUUUUUACCUGAAUAACAUUGAUAGAAUUUUUUCUUAAAAGAAAUCUAAAUGGAGAGGUACUUUAGGGGGAGGGGAUAAUGUUUCGAUUUUCCCACGAGUUCCCCCAGCAAAUAUUGAAAACUGGUAAAAAACAUGAAAAAACCGGGGAAAACGCAAAAAAAAACGUGAAAAUCGGUAUAAUAUUAAACAAGUAUUAUUAAAGAAAAUAUAUAAUACUUAUUUAAUUACUUAACCAUAAUAUAACAUAUAUAUUAUUGACAAAGCAUCAGUAUCAACUGAACUGCGUUCAGAAUCGUUUUUUCGUUAGCAAUAGUUUAUCGUUGCUUACAGAUAUACAUUAAAUUCCCUCGUGUAUCCUACUUUACUAACUUUCCACCAAAAAUAUAUUAUCAACCGCAUCCGUCAUAGUCUUAACCUAACCCUAUCCGGGAAACCCUGUAUCGUUUUGUCGGGACCUCAAAAUGUGCGUUGAAAAAAGUGUUUGUUAAGGCAGGUUUCACUGUAAUCAUUGAUUUAAAUGGCAGUCGUAAUAAAUAAUAAUAUACAAGAUAAUAUUUUGGAUGAUUAUUUUGUUCAACGUGUAAAUAAUUUCGCUUAUGACAGCAAAACAGUGUCCUGGAAAGGCAGUAAGGUCCUUUAGAUUUUGGGCACUAAUGCGACCGUGUUCCCUGUAUUCCCCUAUUUACGCCGCUGGCGACAGAAUUGAUUGAGUUUUGGACUAGAAGGACUUUUGUAUAGCCUCUUGCGGUAGGGUUUCUGACAUACCGCGGUAGUCGGUAUGUCGGGUAUCAAUACUGGUGAGCUGCGACAUCGUUCGAAAGUAUAAAAAACUUAGUAGAAAUAAAUUGUGUCGUUUACAGGGUACAUACAUAUCGUCGGGUAUGAAUAUAUACGACGUCGGUGAUAAUAAUUUUCCAAAAACGUUCUUUUACGGAAGGUAUAAAGUAACGGUCAAGGUUUUGAACAAAAAUAACGAUUACGUUGGCGGUUUCAUAAGUUUUAUGAACAUACUUCGACCAUGGGAAACAGAUACAUAG